AGAUAAUAUAUAAUUUCUUUCACCCUAAUGUUGAUAAAUUCUGAUUACGUAAUUCUUUAGUUAUUUACUUCCGAACAAAACAGUAAAUUUGAUAAUCUUUUAUCAUUAGUAUUAUCGGAACAUGAUGGUUAUAUGCUGUAGGGGUUUUAACCAACUAUUUCGUCAAAUUGACCUGGAAUGACAUUUCAACCUAAGAAGUGAUUAAUGGUGUCUUUGGGACAGUAAAUGAAAUAACGUGUACGUGUAGUUAUUUAGCAUUGCAUACAUUGGAUUGUUGAGGAAACCAAUUCUUACAAUUGGGAUUUAACACAUUCUUUUAAUACUUUAGUGUUGGGACAUAUGUGUAUUUGAAAUUUACAUCCUAUUGGAGAUUUACUGGAGAUAAUGUUAGAUGCGCUACUCGAAUCGUUAGAAGAUGUCUCAAAAAACCUUUACUUCUUCUAUUUUCGUAAAACUGGGACAGACACAGCAGAAUGAAGAACAUCUUGUGAAAACAGUUGAACUUGAUUUUGAUCCAGUCACAAAAACUAUUACUAAAGAUAGAAAAACUAGCAGGGAAUCAAAGAAAACAGAAAUUCCACCAGAGUUUAUAAUCAAGCCAAGGAGACAGUUUGUUAAUGAAGAUCAAAGUGCAAAGUUCAAAGCAUCACAUGACGGGUCAUCAUCCACAGUUCUUACUUGGAGUAAAGAUGGAACAGUGUUACAUUCCAGUAGGAAAAAUAAGAUUUACACAGAUGGAGUUUUGCAUAUUUUAGAGGUGAAAAAGGUUUCAACAGAAGAUGGAGGCGUUUACACCUGUACAAUUUGUAAUUCUGGAGGUACAGCUGAAACCACUGCAGAACUGGAGGUUUAUAGUGAGUACAGCAAACCACAAAAAUCACAGAAAAAAGUCUAUGCUGCACCUUCUGUAGACAUCCCACUUCAAGACAUCACAGUUCUCCAUGGAGACAAAAACAUUGUAUUGGAGUGUAAAUUUUCUAAUGCUGUAGAUUCUAUAGUAUGCUGGUAUAAGAAUGGUCAACCAUUGCACAAAUCACUCUUUACAAGGCAGAACUUUGAUGGCAGGCUAUCUAAACUUAUAUUAACAACAAUAACGGAGAGUCAUGGUGGAUUAUAUGAAUGUGCUGCAGCUAACACUGGUGGGGAAGUUAGAAGUUGUUGUAGAGUAGCUGUCAUGGCUCCAGGAACCAGAAGCAUCCCUCCCAAGUUUGUAAAUCCUUUAUCUGAUCAGACCCUUUGUGUUGGAGACAAUCUGCUGCUUGAAGCCAAAGUUACAGGUUAUCCAAGACCCUCAAUAAAAUGGUACAAAAACCAGCAGGAAAUUAAAACUUCAAGAGUGUUAAGGACAGAGUUUGAUGGAUCAACUGUACGUUUAAUAAUGGAGAAUGUUGACCUGUCAGAUUCAGACUCCUAUAAAUGUAUAGCGGAGAAUGAUGUUGGUAUUGAUCAGAUUAAAGCUAAGGUUACAGUCCAAAGGGAGGUAAUCAGAAAAACAGAUAAUGGUACAGAUGUAGUACAGCAUUCUUAUACACAGCCAGUCUCACCCGUAAACCAGGGACCAGUCUCACCAGUAAAUCAGGGACCAGUCUCACCAGUAAACCAGAGGUCAGCAUUAAAACCAGAAUCUGCUACUAAAUUAUCAUCACAUAUAAGGUCACAAGAUAUUUCUGUUCGCUCCACAACACGAUCUGGUGUAGAAAAACAACCUGCAUUACCUUCCAGAGAAACCAGCAGGGAACUACCUUCCAGAGAAACCAGUAGAGAACCACCUACAUUUGUACAGGAACUACAGGAUAGCAGGGUGAAAACUGGUGACCCAGUUGAACUUUUAGUUGAGGUCAAAGGCAGCCCACCUGUAGAGAUUGUAUGGGUACACAAUAACUCAGAAGUGAAUGAGGACCACCCUGUCUAUAGAACAACAUGUAGUGACAACAUUCAUCAGCUUGUUAUUCCACGCUGUAAACCAGAGGAUGCUGGAGAGUUCGUAUGUGAGGCAUACAAUGAAUAUGGAGAGAUUGAUACAUUCUGUCGGUUAAGUGUCAGUGAAAAUCUAUCUGAUAUGGAAACCAUUGAUGAAAAUAAAGAGGCAUUGCCACAGGUGUACCAUGCAAUGGCCAGGAAAAUCCAAAUAGAGGACUCUAAUGAUAGUGAUAGGGGCACACCUCCUGAUUUUGUUUUGAAGCCACGCUCAGCUAUGGUGGAAAAAGAAAAGAGUGCAAUAUUUUUAUGUAGACCUGAAGGGAAUCCUAGACCAAGUGUACAAUGGUUAAAGCAGGGCAUUGUUAUAGAAAAUAGUGAUAAAUAUAAGGUUACACAUGGUGAUGAUUCCAUAUUAGAGAUUAGAAAUGUUGUAAUAGAGGAUUGUGGGAAGUAUACCUGUCUGUUACUAAAUCCCUCAGGAAGUGUAUCAACUGAUAUUGAGUUGACAAUGGGUAAACCAAAUACAGAGUUCAAAGAUACUGAAACCUCAGCAGUCAGGAAGAGAUCUAUACCAGAUAGUCCAAAGAGAUCUACAUUAGACAGCCCAAAGCGUACACCCGAAAGUCCUAAGAGAUCUGCACUAGACAGUCCAAAGCACCUUACACCAGAUAGUCCUAAGCGUUUUACACCAGAAGGUUCAAAGAGAGGAGUCAUCAACAGAAAGAUUGAAAUGUUUGAUAAACCUCAGGACAACUCUCCAUCAUCUAACAAAUUAAUUCCUGCUAGAAAAUUACCAACAACAUUUAGCAGUAAUUUGUCCAGGGGUCGACAAGGACAUAGUCAUCAGACAAAAGAAGAUUUUAGGGAUGUUUUAAAUAAGAUUAAGACUCCAAAAGAUAACAAAUUAGAACAUGGAUUGGCAUCAGUAAGAAAUAAAGGAUUAUCAACAUCUAGAGUCGACUCACAUUCUGUAGUUAGUCAACGACAGAGAGACAAAUCUCCUGUUAAAGUAUCAGACGCAGUCAGAAAAUUCUCAAAAGAGUCACCUAGUACUGAUCAAAGUAUGUUUGUGUCUUCUAGAAAUAAUAGAAAUUUGAAUUCAAGUACAACACAGUCUCCAAAAAGUAUUUCUGGAGCUCGAAGUUCAAGGAUAAAUGUAAGAAAGCUUGCAAAUGAUUUGUCUGGAUCACCUCAAAGUUUGAAAAUGUCAGAAAUUGAAAAUGAGACACCUCAAAGUAAAACUAUAUGUGAGAAUAAACCAAAAGUUUUUAACAGAUGUGAAAACGAGGAAACAGAAUCAAAAACAGAAUUUUCAGUAAAAGAAAGACAAGCUGUAAUACACAGUGACUUAAAAACAAUUAUAGGGAAAAAACAAACUAUGAUAUUGCAAGAACAGCAAAUUGAGGGAAUGAAAGUAAAUAGUGCCAAAACAUUGCCAAGUCCUACUUCAGAAGGUUAUACAAAAACUUUGCCAAGUCCUACAUUUGAAGGUCAUAAAACUUUGCCAAGUCCUAUUUCUGAAAGUCAUAUAAAAACUUUGCCAAGUCCUUUUUCUGAAGGUCAUACAAAAACUUUGCCAAGUCCUACUUUUGAAGGUCAUAUAAAAACUUUGCCAAGUCCUACUUCUGAAGGUCGUAUGAAAAGAAAUUUCUUGGCAGAAGCCACACAGAACAGUGCGGUAGAAAUGGGUGCUGUGUUUGGACAAAAGUUUGAAGCAGAUAAAAUCAGAACAAUGCCAGAAAAACAAAAACGAACUUCAGUUGUAGAAACACCAGUGACAGGACAAGUUGAAUUUAAAAUAUUAUUAGAGAAGAAACGAAAUUCACUUCCAGCAACAAGUUCUCCCACAAAAUUACAUAGCACUGGAAGUUUUCGUGAGAAAAUGUCUGGUCAAAAAGAAAGUGACCCAUCACCAAUUAUAAAAACAAGUGUAAAACGGAUCAAUAAUGUUGAUGAAGUUUUAGAUCGUUUAAAAGAUAGGCCUCCAAAACCAGAACAAAAAAUUGUGUCUUCUUUUACUCAAUCUGUGCCAAAGUCAGCGGAAAGAAUGAACAGGUCAAGAAAUUUAGGGGAAACACGUCGACUAAGUCGAGAAAGUUCACCUAAUUUCAGGAAUGUUUUAAAUCAAAUUGAGGCUAAAACUAAAAUUCAGGAGAGUUUACCACAACUAAAAAGGAAUGAUCAAAAUACUCACUAUCAUGACAUAAAAGACAAAACUGUUCUUACAAAUAGAAAGCCAAAAGUAGAAAGUUCACCGAAAAUCACUAGAUCUGCAUUACCACAGAAAAAUAGUGUUGAAUUUUCACCCAGUAAUUAUCAUCAUGCUAAAAUUGUGAAUAAUUUGGAGAGUAAUAAUGGUAUUUCAGAAUCUUCUGACUCAUCAGAGAAAAGUGAUCAUCAAGUAGUUGAAACAAAAUUAGAAAUGCAAAAAAGUGAGAGAGCACAGAAAUGGAAUGCUUUGUCUGAGCUAUAUGCUGAACAAGCUGAUGAUCAAAUCAGUAUUCAGGGGAAUAACAUGCACCAAAAUGGAAGAAUUGAAAAUACACAAAAUCAUAAUGGAGGUAGUUUGGAUAAAUAUGAAAGAAAAAUCUCCUCUGUGUCUUAUAAUAAUCAUUCUUCUCCAAAUAAUGACCCACACAGAGAAAUGGAUAGGAAAAAUGUAUCACAUAGAGAAGUGGAUAGGGAAAAUGUAUUUGAGAACAUGAAUGGUUCUAACUCUGAAAGUGAUGUUCAUGAAAGUGCUUCAGAAAACAUACCUGAAAAUUUAGGUCCCGGCCAUGCAGUUAUGAUGAAUUUAAAAAGAACUAAAUUUAGUGAAGUUGAGGAACUUUUUGAAGAUUUUUCUAGAAUUGAUAGAGAAUUUGAGAGUUUGAAAAGAAACCCAAGAUAUGGACCAAUAGAAAAGUUAGAUGUAGAUGAUGAAGAUAAAAAAAUUCUCAGAAAAAUUUCAGGUCUUAGUUCUGACUUAGCUGAUGACGUUACCAGCUCUCCAUCAGAUGAUAUAAGAAGUGUUCCGUCAAAAAAGCAGACAAAAUACUCUAAAAAAUUUGAUUUUGAGAAAUCCCCUGCAAUUGUUGAACAGUUGGAUUUCAGACAUGUUUUGAAACGUCACGUUGAACCUCAUCAUCGCCAAUAUCCUAAAUUCCUAGCCGACCUUGUAGAUGUGAGAGUGAGAGAAGGUCAGUCUGUGACCUUGCAGUGUCAGGUGUCAGGGAUUCCCAGGCCUGAUGUAGCUUGGGCAAUGAACAACAAAAGAAUUAAGACAUCUAAACGUAUACAGCCUUCUAAGUUUUUCCGUAUGACUUAUGAAGAUAACACCUCAACUUUGGUUAUAGCCGGGGCUUAUCCUGAAGAUGAUGGGGAAUAUGUCUGCUCUGCUACAAAUAGUCUUGGUACUGCAAGAUGUUCUUGUCAUCUCUAUGUAGAAGAAUGCGGCAGUAACCCAUCAAAUGAAGUAACUGAUGAAGAAGGACCUUCUGAUCUCUCAUCCAAUCAAACAUCUACAUUUUCAAGUCACACCCCUGUACGGAAAAUUUCUUAUUCAUCCACAGAAACACCACCAUUUACUCCUUCAUUUGAACAGCAACCAAUCACUGUGUCACAGCAAUAUGAACAUAAAACUCCCAGCAUGCCAUCUGUUUCUACAAGUUUAGAUGAGAGUAACUAUGAUGAAUUUGAGGAUGACUUUGAAUCUGUUCAGAAACAGGCCCCUCAUAUCCAUGAAAUAAGUCCAAGGAAUGUAGUGACUGAACGUGGACAGAAAUUACAACUUCAAGUUUCUUUUACAGCUGAACCGAAACCUGUUGUCCGAUGGUUUAGAGACAGUUUCGAAAUUAUUUCAAAUAAAUUGUACUCCAUAAAUACAACAGAACAUUUUAGUAGGUUAAUUAUAGAUCAGGUGGACGGAGGCGACAGUGGAAAGUAUUAUGUGACAGUGGACAACGAUGUUGGAUCAGACUCUAUUGAUACUACAGUCACAGUUCUAGAUGUGCCAAGCCCUCCCAGUAAACCCUACGCUACAGAAACCACACUGUUUACUGUGAUCCUCUCAUGGUCUGAGCCAGACAGUGACGGAGGAAGUCUAGUCAAAACUUAUAAAGUAGAGAUGUGUAACGCUGAAGAGGAAGAGUGGCAAACUUUGUCAGAAAAUUGUUCUAGUACCUCAUUUUGUGCCACAAACCUUGCCGGUCACAAUCCAUUCUUUUUCCGAGUCAGUGCCAAAAACAAGAUUGGAUUAAGUGAACCCAGUCCUGUAUCUGAUGUCAUAGUAACCAAAGACAACCAUCCAUCACACCGUCUCUCUGUCGAUUCUGAUGAUGUUUUUGGUACCACCGGUACUUAUAUAGAUAACGAUUCACCUAUUUCUCCAUUUUUACCCCGGGCAAUGCAAGAGGAAGAGCUCCCCUUUACUCCAAGGACAGUAGUACCUGCUACAGAGAAGGUAUUUGAGGAUCAUUAUGACAAAAUUGCAGAAGUUGGCAAAGGGAAGUUUGGAAAUGUCUACAAGUGCUUACAUAAGACAGAAAAGGAAACUUGGGCAGCAAAGGUCAUCAAAUGUAGAAAGAAGGAUGAAAAAUUUAAUGUUAAAAAUGAAAUCAGUAUUAUGAAUGAGUUGACACACCCCAAACUUCUGAUGUUACGGGACGCUUAUGAAACACCAAAGUCUAUGGUUCUUGUUAUGGAAUAUGUUGGAGGAGGUGAAUUAUUUGAUCGUGUUGCUGAUGAAGAUUUAGAGUUGACAGAGAGAGACUGUGUUCAUUUCAUGCGUCAGAUCUGUGAAGGUGUCCGGUACAUGCACGAGAAGUCCAUAAUGCACCUUGAUCUCAAACCAGAAAAUAUUUUAUGUGUUCGUAAAGACAGCAAUUUGAUAAAAAUUAUAGACUUUGGAUUAGCACGUCGCUUUACACCAGGUGAAAGUCUAAAGGUCAUGUUUGGAACUCCUGAAUUUAUAGCUCCAGAAGUUGUGAACUAUGAACAGAUAGGAUUACAAACAGAUAUAUGGAGUCUUGGAGUCAUCUGUUAUGUCCUAUUGUCUGGAUUAUCUCCCUUCAUGGGUGAUUCUGAUGGUGAGACACUCUCCAAUGUAACACAAGGAGAUUUUGAUUUUGAUGAUGAAGCUUUUGAGGAAAUAUCAGAAGAAGCUCGUCAUUUUAUUGAAAAAUGUUUGCUAAAAAAUAUGAAAAAGAGGAUUACAAUAUCAGAAUGUAUAGAGCAUAAAUGGUUGGCACAUUCAGAGAGAAACAGCUCCAAAAAGUUACGACAGAGUCUACGCAAUUUAAAACAAUUUAUGGCUCGACGCAAGUGGCAGAAAAUGGGAACUGCUAUUCGGGCAAUAGGACGCAUGUCAAUCUGGCAAAAACAGCGUGGUGAUAGUAAAUCAAUUGACCACUCUUCUAUAACUAGUGAUUCCGAUAUUGCUUCACAGAGUGACUUGUCUGUCCUGCCAGUAUCAAGGUCUACAUCACGUGGAGAAACAGAUUUCAAGGGAGAGAACUUAGAAAGUUCUGAUACUACAGAAACAGAUGAAGAAGUUUUUAACCAAUCAAAAGAUGAGGAUGAAGAUUGUGAAGACGACAAAUGUGUAAACUGUGAAAACAAUAACAAACACAUAAAAACAAUGUCUUCAGGGGAUACAUCUGCACCGGCAGAAAUCAUUAAAGAUAUGGUGGACUGUGAGGCAGUGAAAGGGGACGUUGUACGAUUUGACAUUGCAGUUGAAGGUCAUCCUACACCUCAUGUGGAAUGGCUGCACGACUCAAGUGUAAUAAAAGAAGAUAGUAGACAUUCAUUUAUACAAAGUCAUAAUGGUCUCCAUUCCCUCAUUAUUCGUGACAUAUGUGAGUCAGAUGAGGGGGACUACACAUGUAAGGUUGUCAAUGACAACGGGGAGGACACAUGUUCAGCAGAGUUAAUUGUGUAUGGUGUGAAUGCAUUUUAAGUUAUAUUCAACUGUAUAAUAGUGAUAAGUUAUAGCCAUUUAUGAAAGUAAAUAGCAUAAUACAAUUAAUGUAAUAUUCAAUGGAAAAUAACCAUUUACGAAACAAAAUAAGAAGUAAUGAAAUGCUUUGUCUGUUAAUAAGGCAACAAGAAACUUUUUUUAGAAAAAAAUUAUUGGCAAAGUACAAGAGAUAAUAUCAAUGAUGUUCAUAUGCAUGGUUAUUAGCAAGAAGUAUUAUUUCAUUAAACAUAGCAUAUUCUCAUCUCAUUACAGAUUUCAGCAAUUUUAUCACACAUUAUUUUGUUUUUAUUAGCUUGGGUUCCUGGCCUUAAACAAUUGAUUGAUAUAGAAUCUAGGUUGGAAAUUGACCUUUUAAUCCAGUAAUCUAAUGCCAAUUUAAAGGAUAUUUAUUUUAUAUACGUAAAGGGAAUAAUACUUUAGAGGAUAUCCUUUUGAUUUUCAUAGGAUAUGUAUAUGUUUUUAUGGAAAUAAGCCAGUAUAUUUGAACAUUAAUGAUUGCCAAUUUUUACCUUGAAUAAUUUUAAUAAUUUCUUGGAAUCAGUUUUAGUUUGUUCUUUUCUACCUAAAUUAUUUUUAAAACCACUAUGACUUUUAACAAAGCAAUAAUAAGGACAUUUAAUUAAUUAUUCUACACAUGCAAUGCCAAAGUUUUAAUUUAUUUGAAUUGUCUUCCUAUUGUUUAUAUGAAUAUGCUAAGUUAUAAAAGGGAGGCAACUCAUAUUAUAUAAGAUGAUUCUACUGUGCCAAUUUGUUGAGUUUGAAUGUGUUCCUGGCAUUAUGUGUUUAGGUUAAUCUCGGGUUUAUGUUUUCUUUUUUAAAAUUUUAAUAGUAAUCCAGCUGCAUUCAACACUAAUAAAUAAACUAACCAUAGAUACUAGGAUUGAAAUUUUGUAUUUUCAGCAGAAGCUCAAUGUUAAUGUUUGUUAUAAAAUGUCUUUGUUCUUACAAUAUAGGACAUAUCAAUCCUGAAUAAGCAAUGUUGUAUUUUGUUCAGGGUCCCAAGCUAAAUUUGAUUGUGCAAUGGGAAUGGGGAAACACUAGGGGUGAUAUAUAAGUUAUCUAUGUAUUUUACACCAUUUGCACAGACUGUUUUAAUGUAUUGUGUGCAUAAAUUGCACAUGCAAAAUGAUUUUAGAAGAAAUAAAAAUAUGAAAUA